AGCGUACUCUCCAGUACCGGAGCCGCCUUGGGUUUGAACGGUGGAAAUGUUUAGCCCGGAGACCGGCAUAUAUAGCAGAGAAGUUUCUCGCAGGGCCGCGGCGGUGAAUUUUAAUCUGCUAUUUUAUUAGGGUUCGUCAGAUCUCCAAACCUCUUGUGCGGAGGAGAUCGGAGGUUAUGGCGUCGAGUUUUACUCGCCUGGUUCGUCGGCCUGUCACGACACUGUUCCUGUUGAAAUCCUAUAGACAUGCUCGGAGCGUUAGCCAUCAUAUCUAUCCAGGUAUCAUUGCUCCAGUUUGCCCAAGCUCAAGAAGGGAACUUAGUGGAGUUCUUCCAAGGGUUUCCCAAUACCAACUAUUGAGUAGAUCAUUUUCAUCUGAUAAGGGUGACUUGGCAGAGGCAGUUGUCCCAUUCAUGGGUGAAUCUAUUACUGAUGGGACCUUAGCAACCUUUUUGAAGAAACCUGGUGAUAGGGUCGCGGUUGAUGAACCAAUUGCGCAGGUUGAAACUGACAAGGUAACCAUUGAUGUUGUCAGUCCAGAAGCUGGAGUUAUUGAAAAGUUUGUUGCCAAGGAAGGUGAUACAGUCACACCAGGAACUAAGAUUGCUUUCAUCUCAAAAUCUGAUUCAAGUGAUACCCAUGUCACUCCGUCAGAGAAACUGGAUCAAGAUACUCCAAAACCUGGUGCAAAGGAAGCAGACAAAGCAAAGCAUAUUGUUGAAGAACAAAUCAAAGAAAAGCCUGAUGUGGCAACUGAAAUCAAAGAAAAGCCUAGAGUAACUUCUCCUGCUGCUCCUAAACUGUCUGCUUCUGAACCGCAGCUUCCUCCCAAGGAGAGGGAAAGACGUGUUCCCAUGCCCAGAAUUAGAAAAAGAGUUGCUACACGGUUGAAGGAUUCUCAGAACACAUACGCAAUGCUUACUACAUUUAAUGAAGUGGACAUGACGAACUUGAUGAAACUCCGUUCUGACUAUAAAGAUGCCUUCGUAGACAAGCAUGGCACAAAGCUAGGACUCAUGUCAGGUUUUGUUAAAGCUGCAGUUAGUGGACUGCAACAGCUGCCAAUCGUAAAUGCCGUAAUUGAUGGUGAGGAUAUUAUCUACAGAGACUAUAUUGAUAUCAGUAUUGCCGUUGGCACACCUAAGGGCCUUGUGGUACCCGUUCUCCGUGAUGCUGACAAGUUGAAUUUUGCGGACGUCGAAAAGAACAUAAACACUCUCGCUAAGAGAGCAAAUGAAGGCACAAUAUCAAUCGAUGAAAUGGCUGGAGGCACCUUCACAAUAUCAAAUGGCGGCGUCUAUGGUAGUCUUUUGAGCACACCCAUCAUUAACCCUCCACAGUCAGCUAUCCUGGGAAUGCAUUCGAUUGUAUCGAGGCCGAUGGUCGUCAACGGGAAUGUUCUUCCGAGGCCUAUGAUGUACAUCGCUCUGACCUACGAUCACCGGCUUAUCGACGGAAGAGAGGCCGUCUACUUCCUGCGACGAAUCAAGGAUGUUGUUGAAGAUCCCCGCCGCCUACUUCUCGACUUGUAGGCCAUGGGCAAGCUAAUGCCCAUCACCUCCUUCUUUCAGCUCAUUGAAACUGAAUAAUUCACCUCAAAAACUAAAUUUUGGCGCAUUGUUUUUAAGCUCUUUGUAUGAUGGGUGCAGCUGUUGGGGGUGAGAUCUAGUGAGCUGCAGCCAUCACGAUGAUUCUGGUGAGUUUCAUAUUGAGUGGUAGUAUUUAUUUGGCAAACUAUUCAAGUUUUUUCCGCAUUUUGUGGAUCGCCAAUGUAGCUUUAAUUAACGAAUGAUAACUUGCUUUUGUAUACUGUGAUCUUAUUGUUUAAAUUAAUACUCUGAUGGUUUAUUACUA